AAAUGAGUGAUGAUUUCCUUCGGUUUGGCAUCAAACUGAACGAACAGUAGCCACACAACAAGGAACGCAGAAACUGGAAGGUAGCUGAUUCCGCAAUGGCGACUGCAUAUUAUAAAGAAAUCAUCUUCUUUGUGAAUGGAAGAAAGAUAAUUGAAAGGAAUCUGCAGCCUGAAUCUACUGUUCUUCAAUAUCUGAGAGAUCAGUUAGGUUUAAUAGGAACCAAACGUGGAUGCAACGAGGGAGGCUGUGGAGCAUGUACUGUGAUGAUCUCCAAGUAUGACCAUCAAUAUGAAAAGAUUAAACAUUUUCCCGCAAAUAGUUGCUUACUGCCGUUAUGUGCAAUCGAUGGAAUGGCUGUUACUACAGUGGAAGGUAUUGGUAGUAUCAGGACUGGGUUGCAUCCCGUACAGGAGCGAAUUGUGAAAUCUCAUGGGUCGCAGUGUGGCUUCUGCACCCCAGGAAUGGUGAUGUCCAUGUACACCCUACUGAGGAACAACCCUGAACCAACUCAUCAGGAAAUGGAAAGCGCAUUUGAAGGUAAUUUAUGUCGCUGUACAGGCUACAGACCAAUUAUAGAAGGAUUUAAAACGUUCACAAAGGGGUGCUGUGGUAAUCGAGAAAAUGGAUGUUGCAAACAAAAUCGGGAAGGAAUCGGUAGACAUCAUACAACAGAACGAAAAGAUCUACUGGUUGGCGAUAAAAUAUUUAACUCGGAAGAGUUCACUGCAUAUGAACCGACACAGGAUGUUAUCUUCCCGCCAGAGCUGAUGCUCCCUGAUGCCGCGAGAGCUAAACGUCUUUACAUUAAGGGUGACCGCAUAACUUGGAUCAGGCCAACAGCGUUAGAAGAAUUAUUGGAGCUGAUGUUGAAUUAUCCACAGGCUAAGCUUGUGAUUGGUAAUACUGAAAUAGGGAUUGAAAUGAAAUUCAAGAAUCAGACCUAUCCAAUCCUGGUUGCAGCAACUCACAUCCCAGAAUUGAAAGCUGUGGAACAGACAGAGAAAGGCAUCAAAUUUGGCGCUUCUGUGACACUUAGCACUCUUCAUGAUGCUUUAAAACAGGCCACAAAAACACUGCCAGAAUUCAAGACCGGAUGGUUUUCAGCAAUUCUUGACAUCCUCAAGUGGUUUGCUUGUCCUCAAAUACGAAAUGUUGUGUCCAUAGCAGGGAAUAUCAUGAGUGCCAAUUCCACGUCAGACCUUAACACAGUGUUCAUGGCCGCAAGGUGUAAACUGCUGCUUGCGUGUGCUGGAGGAAAAACUAGAGAAGUCAGUCUGGAUGAGAACUUUUUCACAGGGCACAAAGCAACAAUUGUCGGACAAAGUGAAGUGUUGAUAAAUAUCCUCAUUCCAUUCACACAGGAACAUGAAUAUGUUCUUGCCCUCAAACAAGGUCGUCGGCGAGAAAACGACGUUGCCAUAGUGAACGCAGCAAUGAGAGUGUAGUUGGAAAAACAGACAAACUCCAGUUCGUGGCAUAUCAGGGACUGUAGUUUUAGUUUUGGAGGCAUGGCCCCUUCAACAGUUAUGGCCUUGAAGACCAUGACAAGUCUAAGUGGAAGGAUAUGGAAUGAAUGCGUGGUACAAGCGGCUUGUCAACUGUUAGGAGACGAUCUGCCUCUUGCACCCGGGGCACCAAAUGGCCAGGUGGAAUACAGGAGAUCACUUGCCUCGAGUUUGUUCUUCAAAUUCUUCCUAAAAGUUUCUCAGCAACUCAGUAAUGAAGAGUCAGCUGUUGGAGAUCUUGUACCUAGAUCCUAUCAGAGCGGAAUUAAGCAUUUGCAAAGGGGAACUACCCACAGCACCCAGACUUUCCAGGAAGUUCCUGAUGAUCAGUCAUCAGAUGACGUAGUUGGAAGACCAAUACCUCAUCUAGCAGCUGCUAAGCAGGCCACAGGAGAGGCAAUAUAUUGCGAUGAUAUACCCAAGUAUGCGGAGGAGCUGUAUGUGGCCCUGGUUUUCAGCCAACGUGCCCAUGCCAAGAUUCUAAACCAGAUUUACAAUAAUUUGACAUGCACAGGCAAUGACAAACCCAAUCCCCCACGUACAAAUCUCAGUUACACGGACCUGAUAAACUUCACCUUGAUGUUUGCUGAGUCAUGGAUCUCGGACAUGGCGAUAACCUGCGGUAUUUCUCAAAAAGAGGUACGAGAAUCAAAUUUUUUAAAAGAAGGAGAUGUUACGCAUUUCAAUCUUGAGCUGACUGAUUGCCGUAUUCAGCGCGUCUGGGAUGAGCUGUUAGAAAAGUGCCACUUUGAUAAACGACGAGAUGAGUUGGAUACAUUUAACAAGGAAAACCGUUGGAAGAAACGCGGCAUUGCUUUAACGCCAACCAUGUGCAGUGUAGGAUUCACAAUCAAGUUCAAAAAUCAGGGUGCAGCAUUGGUCCACGUGUACACAGAUGGAUCAGUUCUUGUCACUCACGGUGGAGUGGAAGUCGGACAAGGUCUGCACACCAAAAUGGCACAGGUUGCAGCAAGGAGCUUUGGUAUCCCUAUGUCGAAGAUCCACCUCACUGAGACAAGUACCAACACUGUUCCAAAUGGCACCCCCACCGCAGCCUCGGCCUCUACUGAUCUGAACGGCAUGGCAGUUAAGAAUGCCUGCGAAGAAAUAUUAGAGCGGCUCAAACCUUAUCAAGAGAAGAACCCAGAAGGAGAGUGGGAAGACUGGGUGCACGCGGCCUACUUUGACCGCGUAAACCUUUCUGCCAAUGGAUUUUACAAGUAUCCUGGUCUAAACUACGAUCUCCAGAGCAAUUCAGGCCGAGCUUACCCUUACUUUAGUUUCGGAGCCGCCUGCUCUGAAGUGGAAGUCGACUGUCUGACAGGCGAUCAUCAGAUUCUUCGCACAGACAUUGUCAUGGAUGUUGGAAACAGCAUCAAUCCAGCUAUAGACAUUGGACAGAUUGAAGGUGCCUUCGUGCAAGGACUGGGGAUGUUUACCCUGGAGGAGUUGAGAUUCUCUCGGAAUGGUGUCCCCUUGACGACAGGGCCCAGGACCUACAAAAUUCCAGGAAUUGCAGAUAUACCACUGGAAUUUAAUGUUCAUCUUUUGCGAAAUGCCCCAAAUGAACACGCCAUCUGCUGUUCUAAGGGUGUUGGAGAACCUCCCUUAAUUCUUGCAGCCUCGGUGUUUUAUGCUAUUAAAGAUGCCAUUUCGAACGCCAGGCUGGAAUCAGGCAUCGAAGGAAUCUUCCGACUUGACAGUCCUGCUACAAGUGAGCGAAUCAGAAUGGCUUGUGUUGACCAAUUCGUCCAACAAAAUAAAUUUUCUGCAGAUCUGAAUGUGGACGAUUUCAACGUGUACCCCUGAAAGAAAAAAGAACAAGCGUACCAUAAUUAGUUUUUUAGAGACAGAAGUAAGCGCGGCGAUAACACGAGGGGGAAAAGGGAGGUUUAGAAAUAGAUUCUGGUUUUAAAAGACGUGAAAAGGUGGAAACAUGUACGCAUCGAAUGAUUGAGAAUCACCAGCCCAAGCUAUCGGUGUAAAACCCUGAGAAGAGUGAUAAUGUCGGAAACAGCUUUGGUAGUCAUUUCAAUAGAUCCGUGUAUUUUUAUAACGUAACAUCUGAGAAGAGCGGGAGAAACGAGGAAAAGGUGUGGAUCAAAGGGGGCCAUAAAAGAGAAAAAGUCGCCAUUGUUUUAUUGAGGAGUGGCUCUGUACACCGUAGCCCUCAUCUCUCAGCCAAUGUUUUCUCUUAUUGUGUGCCAAACACUUUUUACCAUAAGUUAGAGCUCGGAGAGUCUUUAAUUUCCAAAGCCACUUUGCUUUUGAGAAUAUCACUGUGAUAUAUCAAGCUAUGAUUUUCAAUAUGAUAUGAUACCGUUUACUUAAAUAAAUAGGAGUUUGGUCAAA